UAGCCGAAACACCAUGUGUCCUAUCACAACAAUUCCCAAUGCGAGUUUUAUGAAAACAUUAGCCAGAACUCCUACUGAUAAUGGGAAAGAUUAAGAAGAAGGAGGCUCACAAGAAGCCUUUGACCCGGAAGGAACAGCGGAAACAAAAAGUUGAGCUCAAGAAAGAAAACAAACGCCUGUACCACGCCGGAAAGACUAAUGGAACCCAGCGCGUGGUAGCUGCAGCGGAGGCAGCCUCGGCAGCUCGGCAAACGAGUAAAAAACCAAAAAAGAAACCGAAGAAACCCAAAGUAAAUCCAGAGGAGAUUCCCAAGGAGCAGCUGCUGUCUGGGGACGUGCCCUCCGAUGAGGACGAAUCGAUAGCCUCCGACUUUAGUGAUGAGGAGAUCGACGCGUUGCUACCGAAGAAACCGAAAGUGGAGACCUAUGAGCCUUUGGGGAAAACUGCCAAGAUCCUGAAGGGAGGAAUUCAGCGGCAGGACGAAACAGAGGUCAGGAGGAAGGAGCUCCGCCAGCAGAAGGAGUUGGAGAGCAAAUCCAAGAAGCAGAGGCUCAAGCAGCUGCGUUUGGAAAACGUGGAGGAGGAUCGUGAAAUUUCCAAACUGGAGAAGAAACUCAAGCUGAACAAAAGCAAGGACAAGAACCGCCUGGUCCGGAAGAUGUUCAAUGAUGGCUUGGAUUACCUUCUGGACUUUGUCCUAGACGACGAGGAGGAAAAGCGAAAGUGGGAGGAGAAGCAGGAGCGGAAGCGCAAACUGAAAGAGGAUCAGGAGAAGGAGGAGUCUGGCAUGUGGAGUGACGAGGAGGAUGGAGAAGAUAAUGAAGGUAAUGAAGGGGACAACUUUGACGGAUCUGAGGCUUCAGAAGAUGAGAGCGAAGGGGACCUUAGUGGGGAGGAGGAUGAGGAGGAGCAGAGCGAGAAUUCAGACCAAGAAGAGGAAGCCCAAGUCAAGGAGGACAUCUAUGGACGGAAACGCGAUGCUGAGGGAAACAUCCUGCCCGAUCCCGUGGAACAGGAGGCCUCUGCCGCCGGUCAGAAGUAUAUACCUCCCCACCAACGGGCUCUGAUGGCCGCCAGUGCUGGAUCCAACGAGAAGCAGGCCGAGAUCUUGGCUCGAUUGCAGAAGCAGUGCAAAGGUCUGUUGAACCGAUUGUCGGAGGCGAAUCUUCACAAGAUUGCUGCUGGGAUCGAGACGCUCUAUAUGAAGAACUCCCGCUACAAUAUGAACGAAACUCUGACAAAGUUGCUCCAUGAAGCGCUGCUGGGCUCCACAAAAACCAACGAGCGCAUGGUGCAGGAGCACAUGGUGCUUCUGGCCUAUCUUCAUGCUCAGAUCGGCAGCGAAAUCGGGGCCCAUUUCCUGCAGACUUUCGUGGAGCUGUUCGAUGGCUACGUGAAGGAGAUGUCCACUUUCCAAGUGGAAGACAAGCGGUUGAAUAAUCUAGUCCUCAUACUUUGCUACAUGUACCUCUUCCGCAUUUACGAACUGAGCCUCCUAAUGGAGCUGAUCGGGCGCUUAUCGGAUAACCUUUGCGAGAAGAGUGUCGAGUGCCUUUUGCUAAUCUUGCAGUCCAUUGGCUUCCGCCUCCGCAAAGAUGAUCCUCUUGCCUUCAAGACAAUGAUGCAAAAGGUGCAGUCGCAGAUUUCCACAGCUCCUUUGGAACUCAAAGAGAAUCCCCGCCUGCGCUUCAUGGUGGACAUUCUCAAUGCGGUUAAAAACAACAACACACAGAAGCUACCUCAGUACGACCCAGAGCUGGCGGAGAAUCUUCGCAAGCGCCUGAAAGCCAUGUUGAAGAACGAUCGCUAUGUAGUUACCCUGAACAUAACCCUGGAAGAUCUUCUGCGAGCGGACAAAGUGGGUAAAUGGUGGGUCGUGGGCUCCGCCUGGACUGGGAACCUCAACGAAAUGGGCACUGCUAAGCAAAAGCCUGAGGACCAAUCCAAGUCAUCGAGCAGUGGAUUCGCGGAUAAGAUGCUGGAGCUGGCCAAAAAGCAGCAGAUGAACACCGCCGAGAGGCGCAACAUUUUCUGCAUUGUUAUGAGCGCCGCCGACUACGUGGAUGCUUUUGAGAAGAUUCUGCACUUGGCUCUCAAGGAUCAGCGCUCGGUGGCCUAUGUGAUAAUCCACUGCGCUCUGAAUGAGAAGAAGGUCAAUCCCUAUUACGCCCACUUGGCCCUAAAGUUCUGCCAGUUUAACCGAAAGUAUCAGCUGGCUUUCCAGUUCGCCAGCUGGGACAGGAUCAAUGACAUCGAGUCCCUGGGCAAGCCACAGAUCCGCAACCUUGCCAGCUUUCUGCAACAGGUGAUACUGUCUGGCGGCUUGCAACUCUCAGUGCUUAAGGUGGUGGACUUUAUGCAGCUGGACAAGCUCAGCUUUUACUUCAUGAAGGAGGUGAUGCUGCGUCUGCUUUUGUCCCAGAAUGAACAAGAGGUCUUCCAGGCAUUCGAGCGGGUGGCUAAGAACUCGAAGCUCCAGCAGUUCAAACAGAGUAUAAGGCUUUUCCUGCAGCACUUCCUGCUUCAGCCGGAGCAGCUGGCCAAGCUGAAGCUGGAGGAGGAGCAGCAGAAGUUGCUCGAACAGCGGGUGGAUCAUCUCGACAAGCUACUGGCUUACGUCGACUUGUAGAUUCUUAAAAAAUAAAGAACCCAUUUUAGUUUUAA